ACUUUGCAUCCGUAAUCGACAUUGUGAAAACCCCAAGAAGGCAGGUGGCACCGGCACUGUGCCUGCCUCAUAGACUCUAUGGCCUGCCUUAAUUUUUUUUAUCUGUGCUAUUUUUAGGAUAAAUUACGACCUACAGUGCUUAAAAAUAGUGACCGGAAACCAAACUGAAAUCAAGCUGGUAAGUGGUGCCAGAAUACGAUGCCGUCAGAGCGAAACCUGACGCUCACUUCUCACUUCAUGCCGCCUGCAGCAAGGCCUCACUAAUGCGAUGAGCCUAGCUGAAAGUAUCGCUGCCAAAAUGGUAUGCCACACCCCUUCGGAGGCCAUCGGUCAGGUUGAGGUUGGCACGCAGUGCAGCUUCCCUCUGGCUGACAAGUCUGUUGGGUGCUGCUUCAGAGCAGGCAGCGAGUCAAGGAGUGUGCAGACUACAGAGACUGUGGAUCAGUCGAGCUACCCCUCAGUUGUUAUUGACACCUUGGCCACGCGGGAGAGCAUUGACGAGAAUCCUGAUGGGACCACCACUGCGUCAAACGCUGGCGAGAGGGUAAUGGACCCACCGCCACAAGUGAAAAGAGGUGGCGGAGCAUCGAGGCCUUCUAUUUCUCCAUCAACAGCCAGUGGUGACAAUUCACAGCAGGGACGCCUCCGCCAAGAUCAUCUCUGUGACCGUGAGGCUGGUAAACUGUUUCGUCUGGAUCCUCAUUCCAGGAUCCACACUGGCGAGCGUUCAUUUAAGUGCAAUUUGUGCCCUAAGAGCUUCUUAAAAAGUGACCACCUAAAGAGGCACUUGUGCGUCCACACGGGCGAGCGGCCAUUUCAAUGUCCUUCAUGCCUUCAGACGUUCACACGAAAAGCCAACCUAAAAGCCCACCUGCGCACCCACACAGGUGAGAAGCCUUGGCAGUGCCCUUCAUGCCCUCAAAGCUUCUCGCACAAGUCCAGUAUGAAAAGCCACGUACGCACCCACACAGGCGAGAAGCCAUUUCAAUGCCCUUUAUGCCCUCAAAGCUUCUCACAUAAGGUCAGCAUGAAAAGCCACUUGCGCACCCACACAGGUGAAAAGCCGUGGCAGUGUCCUUCAUGCCUUCAGAGCUUCUCGCAUAAGUCCAGCAUGACAGAUCACCUGCGAAACCACACAAACGAAAAGCCAUUUCAAUGCCCUUCAUGCCCUCAGAGCUUCUCGCGCAAGUCCACCAUGCGGGGACACCUGCGCACCCACACAGGCGAGAAGCCAUUUCAAUGCCCUUCAUGUCUUCAGAGUUUCUCGCGAAAGACCGACCUGAAAACUCACCUGCGCACCCACACAGGAGAGAAGCCAUUUCAGUGCCCUUCAUGCCCUCGGAGCUUCUCACAAAUGACAAACCUGAAAGACCACCUGCGCACUCACACAGGUGAGAAGCCAUUUCAGUGCCCUUCAUGCCUUCAGAGCUUUGCAGUAAAGAGCAACCUGAAAGUCCACCUGCGCACCCACACAGGUGAGAAGCCGUUUCAAUGCCCUUCAUGCCCUCAAAGCUUCUCGCAUAAGUCCAGCAUGAACAAACAUUUGCGAAGCCACACAGACGGGAAGCCAUUUCAAUGCACUUCAUGCCUUCAAAGCUUCUCACGAAAGACCCACCUGAAAACCCACCUGCGCACCCACGCAAGUGAGAAACCGUGAUGGUGCUCUUCAUGCUCUCAAAGCUUCUCAUAUAAGUCCAGCACAAAGGAAUACUUGCGAACCGACAUAGACGAAAAGCCAUUUCAAUGCCCUCCAUGCCCUCGGAGCUUCUCGCACAAGUCCCUGCACCUGCACCUGCACAACACCUGCACAACCACACAGGCAAGAAGCCAUUUCAUUGCCCUUCUUGCAUUCAGAAAUUCUCACUGAAAAGUGCCAUGAAGCAACACCUGAGCAUACAUACAGGUGACCUAUCAUAUCAGCUUCUCCUGGGUACAGCUGAUGGCUCCGAGUGCAAGCAGAACAACGACGCUUUCUGGGAGUUCUCAGACACGCCUGCGGAGAUGACUACGGCAGUGUGCAUUGCUUCAGAGGCUGUGCCAUCUGUACAAAGAUAUCCUGUGCACAAUCAAUGACCACCAGAUUGUUACAUGUAAUCUUAGUUUUGUACAACGGUAGCUCCACACAAAUUAAGUUGGAAGAUAUUUCAUGUAUGUGAUAGCGCUACCUGCCGUCAAUGGCAUCAGCAAGUCAAGCUUACACGUAGUCACAUGACCCGACUGCAAUUCCAUAUAAGGCUGGCAAGUUUCUCUUGUGGCACUUGCACUUGUGCACCCAUUCUUGCUGCACCAUGUAGCAAUAAACUGUUUGCUACUGCUCUA